UCGGCGACUUCCCUACAACAUUUGCCAAAAUGACUGGAAAGCACCUCCUGCUUUCUUCCCCAACGAAGAAAAGUAAAAGCUAGCUGUUUAUGCAUUUUGAGAAAGAACAGAGAGCCUCUCCAUCUUCUCUCCCCUGCCCAAGCUUCAACCUUGCAACCGUUGCAGCCAAUCCAUCCAUCCAUCAUGGUUUCUCCGAUCUUAUCAGGCAUAGCAGGAGCCAUUCUUGCACCAAUAUUACCUCAGUUUGCUCUGAACAAAUUGCUCGACUCUUUAUUUGAGUAUCUUUCCAGAGAUGUAGAUAAUAAGCUUAAGCAACAACUGGAGAAUGAGCUGAAAGCCUUUGCAGAGGCUAAUCGGAAGCUCGAGAUUAUACAAAGUGAAGCCAGAAGGUUCCAUAAACGAGAUAAACAAAAUAUGAGGCUGAUCCAUAUCAACAACAAACUCAGAGAUGUGAGUCUCCAGAUUAAAGAUUUGAAAGAUGAUUUGGAGUACAGGGAACUGCAGCGAGAGGUGGAGAUCAACCUGCCGGAUGAAGUUGCUGACAAGGGCUCAUCUACAACACGACAACUUCGGUCUUUGAUUCCUUGGGCAAUCGGACAAUCAAGUGACAAAAGACGCCGGCUUUCUUCAUCGGAGUCCAUAGAUGUUAUAGUGAAUAAGAUGAGGACUAUUAUAGAACAAAUUAAUUGCAUUGAUUUAGAGAUGAAUAAUGCAAUUAAGUUAGAUGCUUGGUCUAAAAUUGAAGUCUCUUUGAAGGGCGGUUAUGAUUCAUCUGGGCGACAUCAAUUAGAAGAAAACAAAGGUGUCACCACAUCAUCACCAACUCAUGAAAGCGAGACAUAUCGCCGGGAUAUUGAACUCAGUCAGUUGAUUCAGUUGCUCCUCAUAGAGCCAAAUGUCAGUGGUAAGGUUUCUGUUGUACCAAUAAUUGGGAUGGGUGAUAUGGGCAAAACCACUCUAGCUCAGUCUGCCUUCAACAACACAGAAAUAACAAAUCAUUUUGGGAAAAAAGCAUGGAUAUGUGUAUCUGAUAACUUUGCUAGAUUCAGAAUCACCAAAGAAAUAUUAGAUUCAUUAUCCAUGGGUGAUGGUAGUAGCUCGGCGGUUCCAUUUGGCAUCACCACCAACUUGGAUGUUCUUGAGAGGGAAAUCAAAAGACAGGUAAAAGGGAAGAAAUUUUUAUUGGUGCUAGAUGAUGUUUGGUGUGAAGAAUGGCAAGAACUUCGUAACUUUCUCCAAUCUACGCAGGCAAAGACUAUUAAACUCAUUGUGACUUGCAGAGAUCCUAAAAUAUUGGGAGUUUCGUCUAAUGGGGGAAAUCAAAUUACUUUGAAAGAUUUAUCUAGCACAACUACAUAAGUGCUCAUUUGCAGCGGUCAUGAACCCCUACAAAAAGCUCUACAGCUGCUGCAUAAGACCUAUUGCAACAGUUUGGCUGCCACAGCAACUGCCUCUGUUAUAAUAGCUUAUUGUAGCGAUUCAACACUGUUGCAUAAAAUAUUCCAAUUGUCAUUAGUUUUGUAGCAGUUUUUAUUUACGAAGAGGUUUAUUUCUUACACUUCA